AUGCGCUACAACCAAAAGUUUUCCAACCAUAAACCAGUACGAGUUUCGGAUUUCCUAAAAGCUAGCUUUCCGGAGGAAAUGUUGAAGAAAAUAAUGAGUCUCGAUAAUAUUAACAAGGAUACACACGCAUGGCGGAUGCUGGUGUCGGACCUGAAUGAUCGAGUUGAGCCCAAAGAAUUGUUUGUGAAAUUGGAGCUUCCUAUGGUGACGGGCAACCUUCUUGGCAAUGACUUGUUCAAGUAUUGGCACAUGUACAUGAAACUCUAUAAUAUCGAGAAUUCCGGUCGUCAAACGACGGUCUUUCGUGUUGUGGAAGACACUUGCCCUGGUCGUAUGGACAAGAUAAUUUUGGAUGGUUUGUCUGAUUUUUCUACAAAACAAACAGCCGAAUUGCUGCAGAAACUGAAAGAAGGCACACCACCUAAAAUAGCUCUUGAAAAAGUGUUUUCUGAGAUUGCGGAACAGCUUAUCAAAGGCAACCCGCUGUUGGGAGAAUGGGUCAAUUACGUUCAUUAUUUUAACCAACGGUACCCCAGCAGCAAAAUGACGCGCACAGAAGUCAUUGAGAAAUACUACAAGGACAAUGGUUUGGCAAGCGUUAUUGAAGCAGCAGAUUGGAAACGUGUUAAUCUACAGCGGAAAGAUCAAAAAAAGUUUUUGGCUACAAUGACUAGCCCUGACACUGUCUUUACAACGUGGCAUCUUGACAAAAAAAAGACUUUCGCUUUUUCGGAAUGA